AUGGGCGUUUUCCAACAGAAAACCUUUGGCUACAAAUGGCGCUCUUCCAAAUGGUUUAUCAUUUCGACUAUCACUCUUGCCUUGUUUGGUGAAAUCUUCCUAUAUGCAUUCAUUGUCCCCAUUUUAGACUACAUGUUGCGGACUCGCCUUCAUAUCGAUCGCUCCAAGACUCAGAAGGUUACAUCUAUAGUACUCGGCCUCCAUGGUGCUGUUUCUGUCGUCGCUGGUCCUAUAAUCGGCCAUUUCGCUGAUAAAACACCGAACCGCAAGACGCCACUGUUGCUAUCGCUUGUUAUCUGUAUUAUAGGUACUCUCAUGAUUGCCAGUACCCAUUCGAUUCAGAUCCUCUUAUUAGGUCGCGUCAUGCAGGCACUUGCGGGAUCCGCAGUAUGGAUUAUCGGUUAUGCAACAAUCGCUGACACUGCGGAUCAGGGGAAUCUCGGCACGAUAAUGGGGAUUGUAAUUUCCUUUGUCAACUUAGGGGUCAUUGGUGGGCCCGCAGUCUCCGGAUUGUUGCUCGAAGUGGCAGGAUAUUGGAUAACAUGUAUGGCGCCUCUCCUCAUUUUGGCCAUAGAUCUUAUCGCCCGCCUUUUGAUGAUUGAGCCUCCGCGAAAGAGUUCUUCACUUAAUACGAAAUCCACAGAACCAACAGAGACGGCAGACUUAACAGAGACCACGGGUCUACUGCACUCGCAUGACGAUCCUGAAAAUCCACCCACCGCUGGCUUUUGGUGCAUUAUGCUAUGCGAUGCUCGCAUCCUGACGGUACUUCUCAUUCAAGUAUUAAACGUAGCCGUGGGAAGCUGCUUCAACGCAACUAUUCCUCUUCACGUACAGGAAACCUUUGGAUGGGGCCCUAGCAACACUGGAUUCCUGUUUUCCUGCUUGGUUCUGCCCAGUCUCCUAGUCAGUCCAGCGGCAGGCUGGAUUAGGGACCGCGUGGGAACACGAUCACCUGCCGCAAUUUCCUUUCUUCUUCAGGCGGCGGCGUUAGCACUUUUAGGUAUUGCUGGAAAUGAGCGGAUCCAAUGGGCGAGUACUCAGAAACAUGGGGGAGCACUUUACAUAGCAUCUAUCGUGGCUAUAAGUGUAUUCCGUCCUUUUGUGACUGGCUUGGGACCUACUGAAUUGACCGCUGCUGUCAAGUCUUACCAAGAAAAGACUCCAGGUAUCUUUGGGUCUGAGGGUGGACUUGGCCGAGCGUUUGCUAUGAUGGAGGUUGCUGCUUCCAUUGGAAUGACAAUCGGUCCACUUGUGGGUGGCUCGCUCACAGAACUUUUUGGAUACAACUAUAUGAACUGGACUUGGAGUCUGUUCUAUAUCUUCCUCGCUGGGCUUGUAUUGUGUUUCUUAGGAUCCGAGGGUCCCAAUGAGAUGACCCCUGCUAAUGGAGACUGCUAG